AUGGCUUUGGGUCGAACCGUCGAAGCACUAAAAGAAAAGUACCAGAAAGCGAUGGCAUAUCAGCUUGGGGUAAGUAAGGUUUCUGCAUAUCCCAAGGCAACUGUCAUUUGCAAGUUACUUUUACAAGCUAUAGUUUACAAGUUAUGGAGAGAGAGAAACACUAGAUUGCACACUUCUGUAUCCAAGUCUGCCGACUGUUUGAUCAAAGAAGAUCAAGUUCUUAUGAGGCAGAAGCUUGCCGGGUUAGACAAAAAAGCUACUUCUCCGUCAUCAUCAACACCAACAAUGAAUGUAACUGAUCUUACUCUGACUCUCUAA